GCUAAUCACCUGUAAAAAAGUGAGGAACAAAAAGCGUUUGUGAUAUAUUUUUUCAAAGUAGCAAGUUAUUCCAAAAUGUCAAAGUUCGUUGCAACCUUCUUCUUACUUGUCGCUUUUGUGGCCAUCGUAAUUGAAUGUGCUCCAUCUCCAGUGCCAGCACCAGUACCAGCGGCAGCACCAGCUCCAUUGCCAAAUCCAGAUCCAAAAGCUAAACCUAGCAUUUACAGUCCUUUCGGAUGGCCAUAUUCUCCAUAUUACUAUGGAUAUUCUCUUUCACCAUAUUAUGCCUAUGGAUAUGCUUACCCUUAUUGGCUAUAAUUGCAGAACAAAUCAAACAUACGUACUAACAUUAUAAUUUAGUUUUUUCAAACAAAAUUAUGAAUUAUAACAACCAAAAAAAAAGUUAAUUUUUUGCCCUUUGUUUCGAAAAAUUUUCUUGUGUAUUAUAUAUAUUUUUCUAUAUGAAAAUUUACUAAAAGUUUUUAAUAAAGUUCAGAAUUUUUAUUAAAAAAAAAGUUUUUAAAAAAAUGUCUUCA